UUUGUACCUUCCUCUGUCUCUCUCGAACUCUAUGAUCCGAUGCUUUUGUCAUCAAACUUCUCAAUUUGAUCGAACACACACAAGUCUGAUUCAAAAACCGACAAUCCAUAGAUCCUAUGUUCCUCAAUUCAAAUGUCUCCUCGAUUCUCUUCUUGUCCUAAUCCAUACUAAAUCUGUCGGAACGGGAAGAUGUUAGAACAGCUUUUGAUCUUCACAAGAGGAGGCCUAAUCCUAUGGACAUGCAAAGAGAUUGGCAACGCUCUAAAAGGCUCACCAAUCGACACUUUAAUCCGUUCCUGUCUCCUCGAGGAACGUUCCGGUGAAGUCUCCUUCAACUACGGCGCCUACACUCUCAAAUGGACGUUCCACAACGAUCUUGGACUCGUCUUCGUUGCUGUUUACCAACGUAUCCUCCAGCUUCUUUACGUUGAUGAUUUGCUUUGUAUGGUGAAGGAGAGCUUCUCUGAGGUGUAUGAUCCUAAGGUGAUGAGUUAUGAUGAGUUUGAUGAGAGGUUUCGGCAGCUUAGGAUGGAAGCUGAGGCUAGAGGAGAGGAGAUGAGGAAGGUGAAGGUGAAGGUGAAGCCUUUGAAUGGUGUUAAGAAGCAAGGGAAGGUGUUGAAGCCUGAAGGAGGAAACAAGAAGGAGAGUGAUGGUGAUGGUGGAGAUGGUGGUGAUGAAGUUAAAGGUAAUGUUAGUAGUUUGACUAAUGGGAAUCAUAAGAUGGAAGAUGAUGAUGAUUGUGUUGUUAAUGGGAAAGAGAAUAGUGGUGGUGAUGAUAAUAAUGUUGGAGUUGAUGUAAGUAAGCUUGCGAAGUUGAGGAGUAAAGGUGUUAGAGGUAGAGGUGGUUUAAGGAAAGCUGAGAGUGUAGGUAGUAAUAAAGGUUCUUCUAAGGUGGAACCACCUAAGAAAGCGACUAAGAAGAAUAGGGUUUGGGAUGAUGCGGCUCCUAAGCAACAGGAGAAGUUGGAUUUCACGGAUUCAGUGGAUGAAAAUGGGGGUAAUGAUAGUGUAGAGGUUGCUGCUGAUCAAGGAGAAAGUAUGAUGGAUAAGGAAGAGGUUUUGAGUAGUGAGAGUGAGAGUGAUGAUGAUGAACAGAGAAGUGAUGAGAAGCCUGAGGCUAAGAAGAAGGGAUGGUUCUCUUCUGUUUUCCAGAGUAUUACUGGGAAGGCGAAUCUUGAAAGGACAGAUCUUGAACCUGCUUUGAAAGCUUUGAAGGAACGGCUCAUGACCAAGAAUGUGGCUGAAGAGAUAGCUGAGAAGCUUUGUGAGUCAGUGGAAGCAAGUCUUGAAGGAAAGAAGUUAGCUUCCUUCACAAGAAUCUCUUCAACAGUUCAGGGAGCAAUGGAGGAGGCUCUGAUUCGUAUACUGACUCCAAGACGCUCUAUUGACAUAAUGAGAGACGUUCAUGCUGCCAAAGAACAGAGGAGACCUUACGUGGUCGUGUUUGUCGGAGUCAACGGAGUUGGAAAAUCCACCAAUCUCGCCAAAGUAGCGUAUUGGCUUCAGCAGCAUAAGGUCAGUGUAAUGAUGGCUGCUUGUGACACGUUCCGUUCUGGAGCUGUUGAGCAGUUAAGGACACAUGCUCGUAGGUUACAGAUACCGAUAUUUGAAAAGGGUUAUGAGAAGGAUCCAGCAGUAGUUGCUAAAGAAGCUAUACAAGAAGCAACUAGGAAUGGUUCUGAUGUUGUUCUUGUUGAUACAGCUGGUCGGAUGCAGGAUAAUGAGCCUUUGAUGAGAGCUCUCUCGAAGCUCAUUAACCUUAAUAAACCUGACUUGGUGUUGUUUGUUGGUGAAGCUCUUGUUGGAAACGAUGCAGUAGACCAGCUCUCAAAGUUUAAUCAGAAACUUUCGGAUCUUUCUACUUCCGGGAACUCAAGAUUGAUUGAUGGAAUCUUACUGACAAAGUUUGAUACCAUUGAUGACAAGGUUGGAGCAGCUUUGUCGAUGGUUUACAUAUCGGGAGCACCGGUUAUGUUUGUGGGUUGUGGUCAGUCUUACACUGACCUCAAGCAGCUCAAUGUCAAAGCCAUUGUCAAGACACUUCUCAAAUGAUCUUCUCAUUAUCAUCAUCAUCAUCAUCAUCAAUGAAUGUCUUAUCCAUCAUACUUUAUCUGAGUAUAUCUGAGUUCUUGUUUUUGGUUUUUAAUUUUUGAUUUGAAGACGGUGUCUCUUUGGCUGUGAUGACCAUUUCGUUGGAGUCGGUACAGUCCCAUCCUAUGACUUUUAUACUAUAAUGUAACGUUUGUUUUGAACUUGAUUCCUUUAAUGUUUCAUGUGACAAAUCUUGGCAUCUUGGUUUAAGUUAACCAUCUACACCUUUCUCAAUCUUAUUUAUAACCCGUUAGGCCUUGGCCAAAUGUAUAUACCUGAAGACUUUCAUGCCUAACGAAUAAAG